AUGGCCAAAGCAAUUCCUGCAGUUUUCCUAGAUGCUAUACAUAGGAAUUGUCUUUUCCAUGUUGUAAAGAAAGCUGAAGAGAAACAUCCAAGAAGCUUUGGAAAGAUACCUAAUCUACACAAUGAAUUCAAGGACACUAUUCACUUUUCAUUGACAGUAGCAGAGUUUGAAUCUUCAUGGCAAGAAAUGAUAGAGAAAUAUGAAGUGAGCAACCUCAAGUACUUGAAAACAAUGUGGGAGAAUAGGGCGAAGUUUGUACCUGUAUUCUUCAAGAAUAACUUCUUCCCCUUCAUUCACAGUACAGCUAGGAGUGAAGGCACCAAUGCUAUUUUCAAAGAUAAUGUUUGCUCUACAUAUAGUGUCAGCAGCUUCUUGAGUGAGUAUGACAAGAUAGCAGAAAAUAUUGAAGAAAAUGAGAAACAUGAAGAUUCGAUCACUAGGACAACAACACCUAGCUAUUGGUGUGGAAAUGAUAUGGAAGUGCAUGCUAGAAAAAAGUACAAUCGUAAGAUAUUUUACAGGUUUCAGAAGCAGCUGAAAUUUACUGCUUAUCGACAUGUACAAGAGGUUGAGCCAAACAAGAAAUAUGAAGUGUACAAAUCUGGUCUGGCUGCAACAAGAGAUUACAGGAGAAGGAGAUACUUAGUUAUUGUUGAUUUAACAAGUGAUGAUUUCAAAUGCAUUUGUUCCAAGUUCAACAAGGAUGGAAUUUUAUGUUCCCAUGUUCUCAAGGUUCUUGUCCAUUUAAACAUUGUGCACAUUCCAGACAAGUAUUUCAUUGCUAGAUGGAUGCCUAGAGAGAAAAAAGAUAUAAGGGAUUUGAGAUACAAUCAUCUGAUGGAUCAAAAAAGUAAUGAGAAAUACCUGUUUGUCACUCAAGAGGUUAAGAAGAUUGCAGAGAAACUGGAUGCAAUGACAUUGGCUGAGGACAAAGCAAAAGAAGUUGAUCCAAAAGAGAAAAGUAAGGAGCAAGUUGUCAAAACUGAAUGUGGUUACUUAAACGACCCCAAGGUUGUAAAGUCCAAGGAAAGACCAACUAUUUUGGGAAAGAACAAGUUAGACAGAAGAUACAUGACAUUUGCAGAACAUUUUUUGGGCAAGCAACAGAUUACAUGCAGCCACUGGAAGAAAAAGACUACAGAUGAAACCAGCAAGAAGACAAAGAAGGCAAAAGAGAAGUGA